AUGGUUCUGACGGAGUUGCUGAGGCUAAAGGAAUCCAAAUCACCAGGUCCCGAUGAGAUUCCGGCGAAGAUUUUGAAGGAACUCGCCGGUGAGUUGUCUAAGCCACUCUCCAUGCUUUUCCAUACAUCCUUCGAGACCGGAUAUCUGCCACCCGACUGGAAGUCGGCGUGGAUUACGCCGCUGCACAAGGGCGGAAGUCGGGUCUCUGCGAACAAUUACAGACCGGUCAGCCUCACCUCCAUUUGCUGUAAGAUUAUGGAGAAGAUAAUAAAGCAACAACUAAUGCAGUUCAUUGAACAAAACCAUUUGCUUUCCGAUUCUCAGCAUGGAUUCCGAAAAGGCAGAUCCUGUGUGCCAAACCUGCUCUACUGUCUGGAACGCUGGACUAGGGCUGUUGAUAGAGGAGAUAUGGUGCAUGCCAUCUAUAUCGACUUUAAAAAGGCCUUCGAUAGUGUGCCUCACCACCGCCUUCUAUACAAACUUAGCCGUGCAGGAGUGCGGGGUAAGCUUCUGAUGUGGAUUCGGAGCUUUUUAAUCGGCCGCUCUCAAGCCGUCCACGUCGGUGACCAACAAUCUGCCGAGGUUGCCGUUAAGAGUGGUGUUCCCCAAGGCUCCGUUCUUGGCCCUACGCUGUUCCUCGUAUGCGUCAAUGACUGCGCAAACGAACUGAAUUGCGAUGUUGCAAUGUUUGCCGAUGACAUAAAGAUUUGGAGUACCAUACGAAGCGAAGUUGACGAGGCGCGACUGCAGACAAGUCUGGCCCACCUCGAGCAAUGGUCGAAAGACUGGCUUCUACCGUUCGACGUAAACAAGUGUACUUUCCUACGCGUCGGCAGAACCAGUUCUCCUAACCACACGGUCUACCGUCUGACUGGCAAACCACUGCAAGAAGUCGACGCCCAGAAGGACUUGGGUGCAUGGAUCACAACCUCGCUUAAGCCUUCGCGGCAAUGUUCAAAGGUGGCCAAGUCGGCGAUGUCCAUUCUAUACCUUGUCAAACGGGCGUUCUCCUCCUUUGAUGAAGACUGCUUCGCCAAGGUCUUUCAAACUUUUGUGCGACCGCAUCUGGAGUUUGCUAUCCAAGCAUGGCGACCCUGGACCGCUAAAGACUUGGGCAUACUCGAAAAAGUUCAACGGCGAGCAACAAAACUUGUAUCUGGGCAGUGGUCACUACCCUACAAAACGCGAUUAGCUAAUCUUGACCUCUUUCCUUUGAAGAACAGACAGCUACGUGGGGACCUGAUACAAGCUUUCCGCAUCGUGCGCAAUCAGGGCUGCUGCCUCGCGCUUGGAGACUUCUUCGAGUUGGCGACUACGACUAAUCUGAGAGGUCAUCCACUCAAACUGCGUGUGGCUGGCGCCCGGCUAGACACCCGAAAGUUCUUCUUCUCCAACAGAGUGGUUGCAGCUUGGAAUGCCUUGCCUGAGGAUGUUGUUAUGUCAGGCUCGGUAGAUACUUUUAAAUGGAGACUAGAUCAGCAUUGUAGCGCGCACCACAAUAACGCCGGACUACGGCCACCUUGACAGCCAACGCGGACAAUUUAGUGUUAUAACGAUGCUGCUACCAACAUUUAAGUAAUAUAUGUUUAUGUUGUUUAUUAAGCUUGGGCCACGUCGCACACCGCUGUUCGCAUUCACCACGAUGCCUGUAGACUAAACAAUUUUACCUCUUUUUCCCGUGUCUUAAGUGUGCCUCAACUGUCCGCUGUAUUUUGACCAACAAAGCAAUUUAAUGUGCCUCUAAACUCUGUUAAAGCAUGACAUUCUUUGUUCAUCUGUACAGUUUUUGCUAUUCCCCUCGCAUUUCUUUCAUGUUACUUCCUUUCCAUUUCCUCCAUAUAUAUCCUCUGCAUGUAACCAACAGGGAUUUCAAAGGUACACACCUACUUUCCCUGAAAUAUACUGAUACUGAUACUGAUAGGACAUUUGGGACGAUAGAACUAUCUACUUUUAAAAGCGCAAAGGUGACCGGGAAGUCUGCGACAAUCCCUGAGCAAUACACCACUGAAACUCGCCGGACAAAUCUUUGCCCGCACCCUAUUCAAUCGCCUCAACAGUUGUCUCGAGCAAGAACUCCUGCUUCUCGGGGUGGCAUCAAUGUCAAGAUCAAUGCGCGCAAUGAGAUUUUGAAAAGAUUAAUUGAAUUCAUAUUUUUUAAUUUGAUUUCUUAAUCUCUUACACGCUUACCAAGUUAACAUUUAACAAUAUUUCCCAUUUUUGGUCAUAAGUGAUCUAAGCUUCUCAUCAUAUGUUUUGUCGAUUUAACAUAAAGCGGAAACGAAGUGUGAUAGUUUAUCAUCCAACAUAGCCUCAAACAUAUUCAGUUUCGCCCGUACAUAUAAUAAUUAUUUAUUCAAUGCCAGUUUACGGGCAUUGUCAAGGGAAGCGAUUGAACACAAAUCCGACCAGCAGUGAAAAAAACACCUCAUUUAGAGAAAUAAAAAUUUAGUUGAUGCUGGUUUUCAUGAUUUAGAGGGUUCAGGAGAAAAAAACUACUGGUAGUAUAUUUUCGACCGUCAAGAAAGGGGGGGGGGGGCUGGGUUGCACGACAUCGCAGAGAUUCAGACGUCAAUUCCUUUCGUAAAGUUGGGGAUAGUCAAAGUAGAGGCGUUGAGGAACAGCUGGCGAGACCGGCCAUAGUGUUCAGAGACCACAAACGCCAUCGCUACGGCAAAGUCGAACAGUGGAUUCAGCACCCAAAAUUUGUGGGAGCUUUUCUGUAUGCAAAAAACUGAGUAAUAUUUCUCUUAAAUAAAGGAUAAUUUUGCAGAGUUUUCACACUCAUUGGUAGUUUAUUCCAAAUAGCAAUUGCAUUUACAGAAUAGAACCGACUAUAUUUAACAGUACGUGCCAGAGGCAGAAAUAAACAGACCUCACGGUGACUGUUACGUCGUGGGUGGAUAUGAUGUCUUAAAGAAGUGAGUGGGUUAAAUGUUUGAUUAUAUAAGAGUUUAAAUAGCAAAAAUAGUCCCUUUUGUAAUCUACGGAACCAUUAAGUAUCAAGGCCCGUAAGCCGGCAACGUCCUUGGUAAGACAAAUGUCGGUGAUUCAGGAUUAAAAUUCUUUUAGUAAAAAAGUGUUGAGCGGCUUCUAUUUUUUUCCCGCUCAGUAGCACGCAUGAGGCUAAAUAAAAACAAACAGUAUACCGGGUCAGGUCUAACGUACAUGUUGUAAAGACGCAUUCUAAUGUCCCUAGUUUUGAAGUUUCGGAGGACAAACAUGGUCGUUCUUAUUGUAUUGGAGACUAUCAAGGCACAGUGCUCCGAGAGAUUGACACACUUGGAGUAUGAUACGCCCAGAUCCUUAAUAACCCCAGGCUCAUUUAUGGCGUUACCUUCACUACUUAGUUGAGGUUUUUGGUCGUCGCCAGCCACCACGGCAGAGCACUUAUGCCAAGAAAGAGAAAGGCGCCAUCUGCGGCACCACUGGGCGAAAGCCUGUAGAUCGCUCUUUAGGAGUUCCAGCACGAUGUCAUGAUCUGCCGGCUUAUAUCGAUAUGCAACUUUAAGAUCAUCGACAUACAUGAAAGGCUUACCAUUCUGAAAUGAAUCGGGUACAUCAUUAACGAAAGGGCAAAAUAAAAGUGGGCCGAGUACACUUCCCUGAAUGACUCCACUCCUCACACGUGUGGGGUUGGAGAUGGUAUUGGAAAUCUUAACGCGUUGUGCACGAGCGCCCAGGUAAGAGGAUAUAAAAUUCAAAAGUUUGCCACCUAUUCCGAAAGAGGACCGUUUCAAGAGAAGAAGAGCAUGUUCAACACGGUCAAAAGCCUUAGCGAAAUCGAAAUAUACAGUGUAAAGUAUUAGAAGAAGAAAAUUGGCUCUCCGGAAUAGGUUUAUUUAACUGCCAACGUUUCAAAGAGCUGGGUCGGCUCUUCAUUGUCAAAGCGUAAACUGCACCUAAUCGAUCAGAGGUUUAAUUUAAAGUGGCAAGCUGUGUUAGCUGGCCUGAUGCUGAUCGAUUUUUUUUUCUUCUCCCUCUGCGUCGGCCUCUCAGGAAAUGGUUGACAGGCGUUUUUGCCUGUGCGCUUUAUGAGUCACCACUCCGUCGAGGGGAGCUGAUUGGACUUUAGUCGGGCGGUCGGUCUGGCGGUUCUUGUUCUUCCUCACCGAGUAAGCUCAGCGUCGGGCUAUCUCCGUGCUGUCUUCUUAAGUCCGGUGUGGUUGGUUGGUCCUGAGCUCUACGGUUGUGAUGACGUAGGACUUUGCAAGCUGCAGGAAAGUCCAGAUGCCUGUUGAUAGAGUGGGCAUCGGAGAACCACGCUUCGAGAGUUAGCCGUUCUGUUUUUGUGUUACCUCGGCCUAAGAUGGUAGCCCUCUGGAGGUCAAAACUGUGUCCCCUUUCCCCAUACGCGUGUUGCUAGUUGAGAUUUAGGGUCUAACCUCCGAGUGGCCGAUUUAUGUUCUUGUUGGCGAGUUUGCAAUUUCCGCCCAGUUUCGCCCACAUAGUUGCAGUCGCUCUCAUCGUAAUUUAUUUUGUAGAUGACUGCUGAGGUUUCAGCGGGUGGCAAUGGGUCAUUAGGUUGCAUCAGGCGACGUCGAAUUGUUGCUUGUGGUCGAUGGGCUAUGCGUACUCUGGUGGGUUGUAACAGUCGCGAGACCGCUUCAGAGACCCCUUUAACGUAAGGAAUGGCCCUCCAGACUUCGGGUUGCUGCGCAUUUGGCCGUUGUCUGGGCACCCAACGUCUGCUUCUCUCGAUGAAAUGCCUGGGAUAACCAUUGGCUGUAAAUAGGUCCACAAGGUACAAUCGUUCGGCCCUUUUAUCUUCUGGUGUGCGGCAGUGUGUUUCGACUCUUUGGAAUAGAGUGCGGACACAACUACGUUUGUAAGACAGUGGAUGGUUGCUGUUGAAGUGUAGGAUCUGCUCGUGUCGGUGGAUUUUCGGAAUACUGUAGUUUGCAGCUGUCCAGUGGUACACCGGCGCACAAGUACGUCAAGGAAGGGCAGUUGGUUGUUUGUUUCCGCUUCCAUCGUAAAUUGUAUAUCCGGUUAACUGUUUUUCUGCAGACAAUCUCUUGGCUCGAUCAAAAAUAUCACGAACCAAAGGCAAGACAGAAACGUCGUUCUGAAGAUGGAAACGACGGUAAAGCCUGCGCAAUCUGCGACGAAAGGGUAAGGGUAGGAAAACCUCAUCCCCAACAUUAAGAAUUUGCUUACGGGGGACAAAACGAGAAAUAAGCGGAUCCAAAAUUUCGUAAAGAUUUGCAGUGCAAACAUUUACAUCCGAACUUAGGAAGAAGUCAGUCCAGUCGUAGGAAUUAAGGUAUGUUAAUAAUUCGGUUGAGCGAGUUGAUCUGAAAUUGCGGAAAAAGCUAUACUGUGGGGACGACGUUUUGUCAGCCCCGAAUUCCAACGUUGAAACAACUAUGUCAUGGUCUGUGCCCCCGAGUGGGCCUAGGGAUGACACCGACGAUGGCAUGCAGCCUCUACAGAAAAUUAGGUCAAGUAUGUUUGAGCUUCGGGUAGGAAAAUCGACAACCUGAUUCCACAUCCCAACCUCCACAGUCUCAAGAAAGUCUUCGAACCUUCUUGGGCCUGAAGGUGGAGACUAGCGGACUUCGGGAAGAUUAAAGUCACCCGCAAUCAAUUGAUACUUAAAGCUUAAGUCGGCCGCAGCAUGAAAUGCCUGCGAGAGUAAACGAUCAAAAUUGUCGUUGGCGUUGGGAGGACGAUAGACACAGCCAACGAGUAAGGAGAACUUAUUUUUUAGAGCAACCUGGAGCCAGCAGCUGCCUUCUACUGCGGAAAAGUGCGGAAGGUCAAGCGGCAGAAAUGUAACCGUUUGCUUGACGUAGACGCAACUGCCCCCACCACGGCCAUCUUGACUAUCAUUUCGAAUGCAAUUAUAGCCCAGAAGAGAGAGUUCGAAGUCAGGUGCGGAGGUAUGCUCAUGUCUCAGUUAGUAAAGAAAUAACCGGACAAUCGACGAACACCAAAGUCUUAAGCAAACUCAUAUUAUUUAAGCAAGGAUCUGGCAUUUAAAACAAAAUUUUGAAUGGAUAGGCUAUUUGUUUCUGAGGGAGAUUGGCUAUAUCGUCCAGUGCUUGGCUGCCCACGGAGAAAACGGUCGGAUAUUAACAUCCGUUCCUGAAAAAAAUUUUGUAGCACCAAAAAAAUCGGACGUGGAUAAAAAGGGAUAGGAUUUGUGGGAGGGAAUUACGGGCAGGUAAUUUGGUAACUAUUGAUUGUUAACUCAUUUUCGGCUGGAAAUCCGCGAACCAGAUACAGCAACACAUUCCCACCGGAACGAAACUGAGGAUCGGAAGAGUUAACUGAUCCAGUAUGGACACUAGCAUGAGGAAUACAUUGGUAAAAUGUCCGUGUUGGAAACAAUUUAGGGGGUGGGGAACGCAGAGUUUCCAUUGGAACAAGAAUUAUUUUCAUUUUAAUUACUUUAAUGUUUUUAAUAUCUCUUUCUUACUUUUCUUUUGCAGCCGCCGAGGACACCAAUGGUAACAGACACCAAGAUUGCGAUCCCGGCUAAGACCGAUCUGAAUAGAGUUCAUAGCAUGCUGCGAUACUCAUCCGCGUUUAAGGGAUAAAGGAUCGUAGAGUAGGCGAUGAGGCAUAAUGGGAAGAUAUGGAUGUGAGAAAUACAUAUAAUAACAGUAUAUCGUACAAGCAACGGAGUAACGAAGUAACCUGCCUGCAUGGAGAGGCGAUAUUGAUAUACCAGCUAAAUGACCAGUGGGGAACGCAGCGCCACGGGUAACUGCAGCUACGACAUCCUCAUCCCAGGUCCGCACGAUAAAAGUAUUCUCCCAUUCAAACAACUCUAUGACAAAGAAGAUGAAGACCCGAUCUCUGGGACAGUGGGUUUAUUAGUCUGAGCUUUCGGUCUUGUACAGGAGGUCAUCGUCAGAGACUGUGAAAAGGCAAAAUCAAAUGAGCGGUUUUUGUAGUCACGCCAUGAAGGGUGGGUGGGGGGAGAGAUAUGAAUGCAGAUGGUGAUAUUUGCGAUAAGUUGAGUCCCACGCCGUCUCACGGUGGCGUGACUGCGGCACCCAUGGCUGGAAAUUGGGUCUCACCUCUUGGCCGCGGGAACGGAGCGCGUGAUAGCAGGGGGUAUGUCAACGUGCCUGUUGAUAGAGUUGGCGUCAGACACCCUGGCCUCCAACAGUUCUCGCCCUGUCUUAUUGUUGGCCCACGCCACUAUCUGUGUGCUCGUGAAGUUGAAUUCUUUGCCUUCCUCCAGGGUGUGAGUGGCGACCUGAGACAACGGGUCGCCUCUCCGGACCGCCCGUUUGUGCUCCGUUAUUCGUGAGCUAAUUCGUCUUCCGGUUUGUCCUGUGCAGUGGAGAGGGCAGGCCCGACAUGGGAUCUGAUAGACAACACCCGAUUGUUCUCCCACGUCUAGGCGAUCCUUCACUCGCUUGACUUUGCUGCGCAUGGUCGAUGGCGGCCCGUGAGCGAUACCCACGCCGAGCUCUCCAGCGAUACGUUCCAUCGCUUCGGACACGUUCUUUAUAUAUGGAAGAGGGUGCCAGAGUGUUGGCGGCUCUCCUCCGUUUGUUCGCCGUGGGCGCGUGCGGAGACAGCGGAUGACGAAGCUGUUCGGGUAUCCAUUCCUUGCCAGUUGGUCUCGAAGAUGCCCAAGUUCUAUAACUCGUCCCUCGAGUUCACUUCAGUGCGUUUCUUACACUUUGGAAGAGUGUCAUAACACAGCUGCGUUUAUGACAGUCGUGGGGCGUUGCACUUUGUAAUAGCUGUGGCUUUUAUUGGAGUUGGUGUUGUAGUUGUGAACCAAGCGAGUUCGUUUUGGCGGCUGCCGAUUAUUAUGCCAGUCAGCCAAUCGCGCGCAAGUUUUCCUAUAUGUAAGUCUCAGAUUUAACACUACGAGAUCUCUCACUCCCCCCUCUCUCUCCCUCUCUCGUGGAUAGCGAUUGCAUUUUGAAGAGCUUUACUCGUCGUAUUACGACGGCAGCUUUGUGUGAGUGGGACUCGUGCUAUGUCGUAACAUGUUGUAUAAAUAAUUUAUUUUAUUGGUUCGUUAAGGCAUGGGAGGUUUUGUGGAUGAUUAGUGGAUGCGAGAAAGGGAAUUUUGCAAGAUUUCCUUAGAAUCAGUUACAUUUUGAGGUAUACGUAUACACCUGAGUACUCAGACAACUGGAGUACGCCUUUUACAUGCCUUGGAGCACUAAAGACGCGAAUAGUACUAAAAGUGCUCUGCCGUGGAGGGCUUCCGAUGUUUGCGUGCUCAUUAAUGGCAGAGGAUUAGGUUGUCAGAGGGUUCUGAUACGAUGAAACUGUCUUCCUACCAAUUCCAGUGACCUUGUCUAGUCAAAGGCAAUUUAGGAGUUCAAUUUCUGCUGCUUCAGUACCCUCUGCCGAAGCUGGUUAAACGAGAGGCCACUGAUGAACGCACCGCUGAUGAUAUCGUCACGAUUUUGUUCUGCCAUAAUGGCUUUGAAAUCUCAGUCCUCAGUUAAGGUCUUUAGCUGUUGUGCAAAUUGGUCGAUGGUUUGCCCGCUUUCCUGUUUGCUGGUUGCUAGAAGAUGGCAGGCGAAGAUUUCGUUUUUGGGUCUUAAGCAGACAUCUGUUAGCAGUUUGACAGCUUUUAGCUGCAGCCUUCACUAAUAAAUUUCCUAACUGCCGGGGAAGCGUAGUAGUGCGAAACCAGUGAUUCCACUGUUCAGCAGCGACUGGAGUUUUUGGGUCAACAUCGAAUCGUUUUGACCUAAAAUAUCUAUCCAUGGUGGACUUGUUGCUAGGACCGUAGCAUGCAUGCGAGAGGCGGAGCACGAACAAAGCGGAACGCAGGAAUCAUAACGAAGAAUAACCUAUAGUAGGGCAUUAUUCAUCUUAAAAUUGACGUAGUACAACCUAAGCGCGAAGUAGAACAGUAGUAGACAAGAUAGAAUUCUACCAGGUAAUAAGUUAGCAUAGCAGGACCGUGUUCAACCAAGAGCAGAUUACAUAACUCGGUCUCUAAUGCUGUGAGUGAUCGCAUGCAAAAACUUACAAAGGGAAGAAAUUAGGUGCAUGGGACUGUCUGGGCUUUUGGAUUGGGAGCGGCAUGAGUCCUCAAAAGAUCAGGCUUUCAUUCCUUCCCGUGGAUCUAUGCUCAUGCUUAUCUUAUUACUUAUGGCUCAAGGGCACCUUCUCAAGCCGUAAUGACAUAUCCAUGUGCGAAUUUAGACAUUCCACUUUUUCCCUAGUUUGCGAUGCUUUGGUCUUUCAGUCUUAGCAGUGUCAGUCAUCUCUUUGUUUGGGAUUUGGUUCUUCCUCUUCAUCUGAAAGAGUCAGAUCCCAUUGUCUGGUCUGUAUUGGAUUUCUGGCAGACCCGUCUUGUUUCAUCUGCUGACGAAAGGGCGAGAUGUAAUCUUCUUUGGUCUCCUGUCAGAACUUUUGCCUCCCUAGCUGUUGGCUACAGUAGUAAUUUUAUCGGCCAGGUGACGAGAGACCUAUGGGUCUCUGUUGAACCGAUAAACCAACGCCAACGCAAACACGACAUCUUUGAAUUUCCCAGCGUAGAGACGAUUUUCGACUAUAAUCCAACCCUGGUCUUGCCCUGUUAGACAGUCUAGUGCUCUACAAUCGCCUAUUUCCUAGGGUUUUGCGACUUUUGCCUUUUAAAAGACUUGCGGGAUGGCGGCUGGAGUUUUUCAGGCUUGACGGAUAAAGCCUAAACUGCCGAAAGUUUAAUUUUAUCUGUCAACCCUGCAACAUGCGUUAUGAGGUGCAGGAGGCUGGCCCUGCUUCACCUCUUGUAACCGAAACGCUGCAUCUGCAAAAAACCCUUACUUGUGUUUGCAGAUCGCUCCUGUGCUAGUGAUCUGGGGCAUCUCCUGUUGGCGAGGCAGAAAAACCUCACCUCCUCGGAUGUCUCCGUCACUUCCCCCAAUCAUUGUGUACUCUCGUCUAGAUCUACGUUUCCACCGUGAUAGACAAACAAUCAAGUGGGUUUAUGCUUGAAUCCACGGUUUUGGGAGAUAGAAAGUGUACGUCAUGGACCUGGCCGACAAUCUCAGGUGAUGAGCCACACUUGUUUGCGAUAUUGAAAACUUGGAAGCCGACUGCAAGUAGUUUGCGGGGACUACACAACCUCAUCCAGAGAAGGCAUAAUCUGAAACCAGUGCUUUCGGCACUUAUUUACGGCAGUCAGGGUCCCUCCUGUCAUCCGUCCUUUGGUGUUUUGCGACGCGAUGGACAGCUGGACGGUUACUGGGUUCCUAACUGACGGUAUAUUCAUGAAAAUUGCACGACUCACUUGUGAUUCCACGAGCCAAACACAUCAAUGUACCGUAAUGAUGAUUUCCCAGAUAGGUAUAAUUGACCCCAUUUACCUAUCUCAUUCGAUUCUGCUUGUGUUAGCGCAUAAGUUCUCAGGUCGAUUAUCUCAUUACCGGCCUCUCAUGUAAUCAUGAGAACAAGAAGCACUUUGUUGUCUUGCCAUUUUAUUCGCUGCCACGCAUCCUUUAGUUUUAACGCAAUGUCGGCUAAUUUGUACAAUCUUGUCGGCGAUAAAAUCAAGUGGAAGAUAAAGAAGUUGUGAAAUGGUCGCUCCAAGUUACAUACAACAGAGAAAGAUGUAGGUCCACUUUAUAAUCCAGCCACAAGCCACCGAAUGCUUUUAUGGACGGCGUUGGAGCGUUCCGCGGGAUCUUGGAGUCAACAGGCAAGACAGUGACUCCUAGUCAGUCGCAUUUGUGGUGUCCUGUCGCUGUCUUUGUGGACAAAUCACUGCGAGAGCAUCAAUCUUAAGGAAGCCACGUAUGCAUGGUGUGGGGAUCGUGUUUUGUCACGUUAAAGGUGCCGCCAAUUUCAGCUCAAUUCCUAUCCUGCUUCAGGACACAAGAUUGCUAGGAAAAUCUCUCACCAACAAGCCUCUCGACCUUCAGUGCGUUUUCAUCUCCCAGCUCACCUUGACCAUGACCGCAACACGACCGAUUUAGGCUACCAGUGCAUUGGGAAUUCUUCUUCUUCUGUUGGGAGAACGCGAACGGCUAAACCACCGUAGUGUCCGAUUUUCAGUUGAACGUGUCCCUGGCAUUUGUCCUUCGUGUCCAUUAUUUGAUCUAGGUUUCUUUGCGAAACGCGACAGUGCCACUUGACUGACCCUCCAUGAUUAUGACUCAUUUUCAAUUUUUUUAGAUUUAUUUUCAUCCCCAACGCUAACCCAUGUUCCGUAAGAGGGCCAAACAACACAUCAAUGUGAACUCUGUUGCUCUGGUAGAUCUCAAGGCUGAAAUUGCUCGUCGGCAAGUGGAAGUCAAAAAUAAGUCUACCCUCUUGCCCGAAGGAUGCACUGUCAUCAAGGCCAGCACGGCUGGCAAUGGUGCAGCGGUCAAGUCAAUUUUCCGGAAACCGCCUAAAGCAGUACCUCCUGACACUACAGCUGCUGAUGCAGACGAGGAGGCUAGUCAAGACAGAGCUGAGCUCGAACGCCUGGAGCGUAGUCGUAGGACACUCGAGGCGAAGGCCAAACUCUACGAAGCCCUCAAAAGCGCUGCUCUGGGCGGAGCUCGUACUUCCAGCGGCGAUGCGGAGGACGACUCAGCACCUCUGGUCGACUUUGAACGAAUGGCAAUGGAAAAGAAGGCCCAGGAAGACGACUACCUCAGCAGCGAUAAUGACGACAACGACGAGAGUCGUGAGCAGGACAGUGAUAGACACGAUCAUCGACGGGACCGAAGGCCGCUCGCAGAACCCGUCAGCAUCCCCGACGGCCCCAUCACGUAUGCGCACUUGCGCAAGGGUGAAGUGCGCGACCACGGUGUCGGUUUCUACGCCUUUUCUGCAGACAUGGAACAGCGUGCCAGCGAAAUGGCCAGUCUGAAUGAACUGCACAGGAGCACUCAGCAGGCGCGUCAACGUGCGGAGGCGGCGCGUGCUAAGCGGGACAUUCAAAUGGGCCAGAGACUGGCAAAGCUGCGCGCUCGCAAAGGCCUGCCUGAUGUGGCCACCGCGGUAGCCCAGUGUCUUGGUGAGACACCAGACGUGGUGGCUGAAAGGGCUGAGGACGCACAAUCGGAGGAGGAAAAAGUGCCGUCGGCGCCACCGCCUUCCACCGGCGACCUCGCCCUCGGAUCAGACGAUCUCGACAUUGCCUCGAUGUUACGAAGGCUGAGGGAUGAGGCGGAACAGCGAGCUGAGGAACAGACUGCCGCCGCCGCCGCCACUGCGACGCCUGCAGAGGAAUCGCCCACCCUCCCGCCGCCACCGCAACCCCCGGCAGCCCUUCGAAAGCGAGCCAGAGAGUGGGAUCGCGGCAAGUCCAUGGUUCCUGCCAAGGUCUUUAUUCAGCGGGAGCAACAAGAAAAACGGAAUUAUCAGUUUGCUCCCCCUCCCAGCUACUACUGA